GAUAUGAGCCAAUUUGUAUUUAUUUAAUUGUUUUUUUUUUUGGGGGAAAAAGAUGUUCAGCUUCAGCCUACCAAGUCUAACCGGUCGUAUCUACUUCCAGUUCUCUAUCCCAAACCAAUUUCAUACCAUUCCCACAAAAAGUCAGAAGCUCUCACACAAACACCCCCAAAACGACAUCCACGGCGGCCAUGGCCGACUACGACAGAAUAAAGGAGCUCAAGCAAUUCGACGAAUCAAGGACCGGCGUCAAAGGCCUCCUCGACUCCGGCCUCAACUCCAUUCCCCUCAUAUUCUGCCACCCUCCCGAAACCUUAUCCGACCUCAAACCCUCAUCCGCCGACCGCUACGUGUCCAUUCCCGUCGUCGACCUCUCCGGUUCUGAUUCCGAUCAUCGGCGCGCCGCCGUCGUCGAGCAGGUGAGCCGCGCCGCCAGGGAUUUCGGCUUCUUCCAGGUCGUCAACCACGGGAUUCCGCUGGAGACCCUCGACCGCACGAUCGAGGCCCUCAAAGCCUUCCACGAACUUCCGCCGGAGAUCCGAUCGCGGUUCUACCGGAGGGAGAUGGGGACGGGAGUUUCGUACCUCUCCAAUGUUGAUCUGUUCAAAUCGAAGGCCGCCAGCUGGCGCGACACGCUGCAGGUGAGGCUGGGCCCCAUUCAGCCGGAGCCGGGGCAGGUGCCGGAGGUCUGCGCUGGCGCGGUGGCGGAGUGGGACCGGGAGGUUUUGAGGCUGGGAGGUUUGUUACUGGAUUUUGUUGGGGAAGGGCUGGGGCUCCCUGCGGGGAGGUUUAGGGAGAUGACGUGUUUGGAAGGGAGGACAUUGGCGGGCCACUACUAUCCUUAUUGCCCUGAACCUGAUCGGACGAUUGGGCUCGCAACUCAUGCCGAUCCGGGGGUUUUAACCGUGUUGAUACAGGACAAAGUGGGUGGGUUGCAGGUUAAUUACGGUGGGGUCUGGGUUGAUGUUGAGCCUGUCCCAGGGGCUCUUGUUGUCAACAUCGGAGAUUUACUUCAGAUUAUGUCAAAUGAUGAGUACAAAAGCGUGGAGCACAGAGUGUCGGCCAAUUCAUGCCAAGAACCGCGAGUUUCUAUUGCGGUUUUUUUGAACCCGGGUGAUAGAAAGAGGAUGUUUGGUCCACUGCCAGAGCUGAUAUCGCUGGAGAAACCGGCAGCCUACCGGCAGUUUAAGUACCCGGAGUUCAUACAGAAGUUCUUCUCUAGGGAGUUGGAUGGCAAGCCUUUGAGAAAUUACUUUAGGCUGUGAAUACUUUAUACCAUGUAAAGGAAUAUUGUGAACACAUGGUUAUUUCUGUGCUUCAACACUCGUGAGUUUUGACAAAUGCAAAGAAAAAUUGGACUAUUGUAUUUGUGUAUCUAUCUAUUUUGUUGGGCGAUCUUGACCUAACAUGUCUGAAUUUAGUGAGAGUAUUGUCCGUGCACAAAUUCUUUCAAUUUCUACU